AAGCUUCAAAAAGGACAUCUUUCAUUUGGAUGGGAAGUCAAUCUACAUAGUAAUAUGGAGGCACAAAUUCAUCAACUUGAGCAGGAAGCAUAUACCGCUGUUUUGAGGGCUUUUAAAGCGCAGUCUGAUGCGAUCUCUUGGGACAAAGAAAGCUUGAUAACAGAAUUGCGUAAAGAGCUUAGAGUAUCUGAUGACGAACACCGAGAGCUUCUGAGCAGGGUCAAUAAGGACGACACUAUCCAAAGGAUAAGAGAUUGGAGACAGGGAGGCGGAGCCCAAGUUCCUCCUAGACAUGCAGCUAUUCAGGGCUUUGAUGUUAUUCCUAGUCCAACCUUCUCAGCUUCCCGAAAGAAACAGAAGACAUUCCAAUCUUAUCAUCCAUCAAUUGGUGUGACUGGAAAUAGGUCAUUCAAUAAUCGUGUGGUAACCGGUGGCAUAGCAGGAAAUGAUUCGGCUGAUGCUCUAAUUGGAAGAAAAGUGUGGACAAAAUGGCCUGAAGACAACCACUUCUAUGAAGCAGUUAUAACCCAGUACAACGCAGCCGAGGGUCGGCAUGCUUUGGUGUAUGAUUUACACGCAGCAAAUGAAACGUGGGAAUGGGUUGAUCUCAAGGAGAUUCCACCGGAAGAUAUAAGGUGGGAUGGGGAGGAGAGUGGGAUAGCUUUAAACGUCGGACAUGGAGGCGGAUCGACCCGUGGCAACCGAAGAAGCCAGAGCCAUAUUGGUAGAGGGAGAGGACCAAGAAUUCAUCAACCGAGAAGAGAACUUUUACCACCGUCAACACAACAGAAUGGUGGUGCUGGUGGUGGUCGGAGAACUUCCUCUGAUGAUAUUGAAUUGUUCAACACAGACUCGCUUGUGAAGGAGGUGGAGAAAGUUUUCGAUUCUACGCAUCCUGAUCCUCUUGAGCUUGAUAAGGCCAAGAAAAUGCUCAAGGAACAUGAGCAGUCGCUUAUGGCUGCCAUUGCAAGGCUUGCUGAUACUUCUGAUGGCGAAAUGGGUAAUAAUAACAAAAGCAAGGCUUCGUUUUGUUUGCAUUCACAGAAUAAUAUUUUAUUUACCAUUCAAUUCUUUCUUCUUAUGAUAAUAUCAAGGAUCGUUACAAACGUAAUCUUACAAGAAAACUGUCAUCACACACACUUCGCUCAUCUUAUGGAGAUCCACCAUAUUCGCAUGACCAUCCUAUGCCACAGGGAUGAUGGAGAAAGCUGUCCGUAA